GUGAAUCAGGAGAGGACAGAUACGGCUGUGCCGCUCGUCUGUCGGGGUCUGGAAUGGCCAGAGUGAAGAGAGGGUCCUGUGGUGCGCUGGCAGGGACGAGGAUGAGGUCCUAGGUCCUUAAUUAGCGUCUCCUCUCCUCUCCGCCUUACACUCGGAUCCUUGGGAGGUGGGAGGGUGUUUCCAGCGGGCCACCUUGCGUGUGACGCCGCGUCUGGCAGCCUCAGGCCCGGGCUUUUCAGACUCCGGCGUCGCCCUCCGAAGGUACUCUGCUUCAGGAAGAGGUGGCCCAGUUCCUUUUAUCCCGCGGUGGUGCGUUCCUGAGUGUCGAAAUGCCUGUUAAGAGAUCACUGAAAUUGGAUCUGUUAGAAGCAAAUUCAUUUGAUUCUUCAAAAAUCACAAGGAAGAAAAGUAUUACAACUUAUUCUCCAACAACUGGAACUUGUCAGAUGAGCCCAUUUGCUUCUCCUGCAAGCUCUAAAGAACAAGAGCACAAAAAUGAACCAUCAAAUGGAAAAAGGAAAAAAUUGAGUCACCUCAGUUUAACCGAAAGGAAGGAAUCUACAACAAAAGACAAUGAUGAAUUCAUGGUGUUGCUAUCCAAAGUGGAGAAAUCAUCAGAAGAAAUCAUAGAAAUAAUGCAAAACUUAAGCAGUAUAGAGGCUUUGGAGGGCAGUAGAGAGCUUGAAAAUCUCCUUGGUAUCUCCCGUGCAUCAUGUUUCUUACCAAGAGAAAUGCAGAAAACAAAAGAACUAAUGAAAAAAGUAACAGAACAAAAACUGUUUGAAAAGAAGAGUUCGGGACCUCCCAACAAAGAAUUAUAUCAUCUUGACAGCUAUGAAUUCCUUAAAGGCAUUUUAAACCGAGGCAUUUAAAAGAAAUGCACUUACUGUGAACACCAACUUCUUCUGCAUCUGCCUGAUCGUAUUUAAAGGAACAGAAGAAAUGUUUGUAAUUAAUCUGCCCAGUAAAUACCAGAUCAUAGCACUAGGCAGGUGCGUGUCUAGAUAAAAUUUCUUGCAGCUAAUUUAAACUUUCUACAUACACCAGUAGAUAAUCUCAAUGUAAAUAAUACAUUUCUUCUCGACCCUUUAAUGUAAGCCAACAUGUAGAAGAGGAUAUUAACUUCUAUUCUGUAUCACAUACACUUCUGUAUCCUUUUAGCAUUUGUGGACAGAUUUAAAGCAUUUAUGAAGAUGGCAUUUUGGUAAAAUGUUUUAAAACUCAGAUUAAAUUUAAUGGUGAGUGGAAUUAGGUACCACUUUCCCAUGUAAAGCCCCAAGUGUGUAUUAGAUUUUUUUUUAAACUUCUAAAAUUUUUCUAGAAGUUUAUUGUGUAGCCACUAUCUUAGGGAUGAGUUUUUAUACUCUAGUUAUUUCUAUGCUUAUACAGAAAAACUAUAUUCAAAGUUUUAAAAUUUUUACACCUUUUAUAAAAUGCAUUUUUCAGUACAAAUAUAUUUUUAAAUAUGAAGUUGUUCUUAAACUGAACUACACAGACUCUACUGAAUUUAAAGAAAGACCUUUUUUAUGGGGUAUAUGAUCACCUGCAAAUUAUUUUGAAGCAUUAAUUUAAAUUUCUAUUUUUCUGUGGUGUUAUUUUGUAUCAUCCUUGUUCUAUCACAAAAUAAAGGGGAAGUGGGAAUCACAGGAUAUGUUAUAAAUUAAUAACAUGUUUUUUUUAAAACCUCUGUAUUUUUCUUUGACCAUCUCUACAGGGGAAAAAAUACUGUGCCCUUGGUACUUGCCCUAAGACUUGACAAAAUUUGUAUAUUACUGUGUCAUGUAAAUAAAAAUACUAUAU